AUGGCCGCUCCCCUUCAGUUUGCCACCUUCACCUCGGAGAUCGAGCUGCCCUUUUACUCGGCCCUGUUUGCCUCCAAGCUCGACUAUGACAAGCUCGACGACUCUGCCCGCAACGUCCUGGGGCUCUAUGAACCCCGUAUGGAACAGCCCGAGUCGAGCUGCAAGAUGCAGAUCCUGGGCAACGCUCUGACAAGCCAAAGUUCGCCUCUCGGAACAGCCAGGGCCGAAGGCAUCAUCAAAAACGUAAAUACCCUCGAGGGCUUCAAGAACCUCGACAAGUCGGCCAUGCUCCAGACAGCAGGUCGGCAGGUUUGGGACGCCAUAAACGACGGAACCAUAUACUCGGUGCCCUCAUUACUCUCCUCAUUCGUCAUCCUUUCGUUUGCUGAUCUCAAGAAAUACAAAUUCACAUAUUGGUUUGCAUUUCCCGCCCUUCACUCGGACCCCGCAUGGAAGCGGUCGGGACCCAUUCAGUGCGUCACCGCAGACGAGAGCACCUCGCUCGUUGACCAGGUCGGCACCUGGCGCUACAGCGUCGACAACCGCGAGCAUGGAUUCUUCCUUGUCAAAAAGAUGGGCUUCCGGUGGGAAGUGGCUUCGCUGCGACGCUUUGAGGAUGGCUUCUUCGACCAUGUACCGGAGGAGGAUCGAUACGUGGCGUUUGCUGACCCCUCAACCUAUCCCGAAGGCCCCGGGUGGCCACUGCGGAAUCUAUUGGUGCUCAUUCGACAGCGUUUCCGCCUGCGCAAGGUUCAGAUUCUGUGUUACAGAGACGCGUGGGCCAGGAGACAUGAAGGCCGCACCGUCAUAUUGACCGUCGAGAUGGACGCUGUAGCCAACAUGGAGCUCACCGAGAUGCCCAAAGUCACGGGCUGGGAGAGGCUUGCUGACUCCUCGGUCGAUUUGAACCUCAAGCUCAUGAAGUGGCGGCUGGCCCCUGACCUUGACCUUGAUCGCAUCAAGAACUCCAGAUGUCUUCUUCUCGGGGCCGGCACUCUGGGAGGCUAUGUCUCGAGAAACCUGCUGGGUUGGGGCAUCAGGAAGAUAACCUUUGUCGACUACGGCCGUGUCUCGUACUCGAACCCCGUGCGCCAACCUCUAUUCGAGUUUGAAGACUGCGUCGACGGCGGCAAGCCCAAGGCAGCGCGCGCUGCUGCCAUGCUCAAGAGGAUCUACCCGGGCGUGGAUAGCGAGGGCCAUUCCCUGUCUGUCCCCAUGCUAGGACAUCCGUUUACAGACGAAACAAAGGCCAAGGCGGAUCUUGAGAAGCUGGAGAGACUGAUCCAUGACCACGACGUCAUCUUCCUCCUCAUGGACACGCGCGAGUCCCGGUGGCUGCCCACGGUCCUGGGAAAGGCCAUGGGCAAGAUUGUCAUGAAUGCUGCACUGGGCUUUGACUCAUACGUUGUCAUGCGACACGGAGCAGAGAGGAAGCAGGGAGAAGAUGAGGAACAGGUUGGAGCGGCGCUUGGCUGCUACUUUUGCAACGACGUUGUCGCCCCGGCUGAUUCAAUGAGGGACCAGACCCUGGACCAGCAAUGUACGGUGACGAGGCCCGGAGUCGCGGCGAUUGCCUCGGCGCUUUUGGUCGAGCUCCUCACAAGCCUCUUGCAAGACCCUCCCGAUCACCCCUUGGGCCUCGUGCCGCACCAGAUUCGUGGCUACGUCUCAACCUUUCAAAAUUUGGUCAUUCGCGGCCACUCGUACGACUGCUGCAGCGCUUGCAGCCCCAAAAUCCUGGAUGCCUACCGCAAGGACGGCUGGGACUUCGUCAAGAGAGCCCUGCAGGAGAGGGACUAUGUUGCCGAGCUCUCGGGAUUGGCCGAGCUGCAGCGGCGGGCCGAGGAGCUGGCGGUCGAUGUGGACUGGGAGGAGGGGUCGGAUGAGUCGGCAGAGCAGGGCGAGGGAGAGCUGCUUUAG